AUGACGGCGAGCAACUCUCAUGGACCCCUCACCGUCCUGGUGUCCAGUCGAGCUGUCAUCAGCCAGCCCGACAACUCACUGACCGUCUCACCUGCGACUAUUUCCAUUUCAUCAGUCACGGGCAAGAUUGUCUCUGUGACACCAGAGAUUGUUCCACAGAGCAGUUUCCCCGCGGACACGACAUAUGUGGACCAUUCGCCCAAGUUGCUACUUCCCGGCUUGGUCGACGCCCAUGUACAUCUCAAUGAGCCUGGUCGUACGGAAUGGGAAGGAUUUUGGACGGGAACCAGAGCCGCUGCUAGCGGUGGCGUGACGACGGUGAUUGAUAUGCCGUUGAAUGCUAUCCCUCCUACGACUACUGUUGCUGGGUUCAAAGAGAAGCUGGCGGCUAGCGAGGGUCAGUUGUGGGUGGAUGUGGGCUUUUAUGGAGGAGUGAUUCCUGGAAACGCUGAUGAGCUGAAGCCACUUGUUGAGAUGGGAGUUAGAGGUUUUAAGGGGUUCUUGAUUGAAUCAGGUGUGGACGAGUUUCCGGCUAUUUCUCCCAAGGACAUGGCCUUGGCGAUGGAGACGCUCAAGGAUAGUGCCACAACUCUCAUGUUCCAUGCUGAGAUGGAACCGUGUGCUGGCCACACAAACGGUCACACAAAUGGGCAUACCAAUGGCAACACUAAUGGAGAGAGCAAUGGGCUUACCAAUGGCCAUACUAAUGGACAAACAAACGGCCAUGUAACACCAAGUGAUGUUACGGCUUACCAGACUUUUCUCGACUCUAGACCACCAACUUUUGAGACGACUGCAGUUCAAGAGAUUCUGUCAGCGGCGCACAUUGCACCAUCUUUGAACUUGCACAUUGUCCAUCUCUCAGCUACGCAGUGCAUUCCCCUCCUUAAAGCAGCCAGAGCAAAUGGGGUCAAAAUCACCGCAGAAACUUGCUUCCACUACUUGGGGCUUUCAGCAGAAGAGAUUGAAAAGGGCGAUACUAGGCACAAGUGUUGUCCGCCGAUCCGAGAGGGCCGCAACAGAGAUGGCCUGUGGGAAGAACUAGUGGCGGAGGACUCUUGCAUCAAAACCGUCGUGUCGGACCAUUCGCCUUGCACGCCAGAACUUAAACUGCUUCCCAAGGAACUCUGGUCAGCUACGGAGUCGGCUCCAGCACAGAAGAAGGAUACCGCUGCGGGAGAUUUCAUGGCCGCAUGGGGCGGCAUUUCUUCAGUUGGCCUCGGCCUGCCCAUCAUCUACUCAACUGCCAAGCAGCGAAGCAAGACAUCCAAAACUCCCACAAUCACCGACAUCGUUCGACUUUGCUGCCAAGCCACUGCUGAGCAGGUAGGUCUCUCACAUCGUAAGGGGUCCAUCAAGGUUGGCAUGGACGCAGAUAUUUGUGUCUUUGACGAUGCGGAAGUGUGGACAUUUUCACAGGGUGAUAUGCGGUGGAAGAACAGGUGUUCACCGUGGGAAGGCCACGAAUUCACCGGUAGAGUGAAGGAGACUUGGUUGCGCGGCCGAAAAGUUUUUGAAUUGGAUGCCCAGAAUGGCGGGUUUGUUGGAAUGAAACCUGUUGGCGAGAGCAUUACGGAGCAAAGGACAGCAUGA